CCAUGUUAGGUGGCUUAAAACCUGGCUGAGGGAUGGGUCUCCGAAUGUAACCGAGCGGGGGAUUGUCACGGCGCGGGUGCGUGCUAGUGGGGUCCUGCGGGAUCGGUUCUUGGCCCUGCCCGUUGCACGUCUUUAUCAGUGACCUGGGCGAAAACAUAAAACCACCCCUGAAAGAGCUGGCAGCUGGCGUCAGACCUGGGCGUGGGAAGCAGUGAAGAGCCUAGGUCAGUGAUAGAGCCCUGGAUCACUGGUGACCAGGGUGCAGGCAAACCCUGCACGUCAGAUGGUGGAACGUAACUGCACCAGAGGCCAGGCAUGGCGGCCAUACAUGCGAGGGGCCAUGGUGGAGAAUCACCUGAACGUGAGCGCCCAGAACGACGCUGGGGACGGGAUUGCGAGUGGCACAGAGGUGCCCAGCAGAGCGCCACAGUGGCCAACCCCAUGCCAGGGGCCUCUUCGGACCUGCUGCCCCACUUCCUGCUGGAGCCCCAGGAUGUCUACAUCGUCAAGAACAAGCCCGUGAGCCUGGCCUGCAGGGCGACGCCCGCCACCCAGAUCUACUUCAAGUGCAACGGGGAGUGGGUGCACCAGGGCGAGCACGUCACGCAGCGCAGCACGGACCAGGGCACCGGGCUGCCCCUCAUGGACGUCCGGAUCGAUAUCUCCCGGCAGCAGGUGGAGCGGAUCUUUGGGCUGGAGGAGUACUGGUGCCAGUGCGUCGCCUGGAGCUCCUCAGGGACCAGCAAGAGCCAGAAGGCCUAUGUGCGCAUUGCCUAUCUGAGGAAGAACUUUGAGGAGGAGCCGGUGGGCAGGGAGGUCUCCAUUGAGCAGGAGAUCGUGCUGGUGUGCCGCCCCCCGGAGGGGAUCCCGCCGGCCGAGGUGGAGUGGCUGCGUAAUGAGGAGCUGGUGGACCCGGCGCUGGAUACCAGCGUGUACGUGACGCCGGAGCACAGCCUGGUGGUGCCGCGGGCGCGCCUGGCCGAUACGGCCAACUAUACCUGUGUGGCCAAGAACAUGGUGGCCCGUCGCCGCAGCUCCUCCGCCGCCGUCACCGUGUACGUGAACGGCGGCUGGUCGACUUGGACAGACUGGUCGGCCUGCAGCACCAGCUGUGGACGGGGCUGGCAGAAGCGGAGCCGGAGCUGCACCAACCCAGCGCCCCUCAAUGGGGGAACAUUCUGUGAGGGCCAGAACGUGCAGAAAAACGCCUGCACCACCCUGUGCCCAGUGGACGGCGGCUGGUCAGGCUGGAGCCGGUGGUCGCUGUGCGCUCUGGACUGCACGCACUGGCGGAGCCGCGAGUGUUCGGAGCCAGCGCCUCGCAACGGGGGCCAGGACUGCCAAGGAGCCGAGCUGGAGACCCGCAACUGCACCACCGAGCUCUGCAGCCACGCCGCCUCUGGCCCCGAGGACGUGGCACUGUACGUGGGGCUCAUGGCCGUGGCCGUCUGCCUGGUGCUGCUGCUGCUCGUGGUGGUCCUGGUGUGCUGCCGCAAGAAGGGGGGCCUGGACCCCGACGUGGCCGACUCGUCCAUCCUCACCGCCGGCUUCCAGCCCGUCAGCAGCAAGCCAGCCAAGGCAGGGACGUCCCACCUGCUCACCAUCCAGCCCGACCUCAGCACCACCACCAUGACCUACCAGGGCUCCCUGUGCUCACGCCAGGACGGGCACAGCAAGUUCCAGCUCAGCAACGGGCACCUGCUGAGCCCCCUGGGCGCCGGGCGCCACACCCUGCACCACAGCUCGCCCGCCGCCGAGGGCGUGGAUUUCGUCUCGCGCUUCGCCGCCCAGAGCUGCUUCCGCUCCCUGCCCCGGGGCGCUGCCAACAUGGCCUACGGCACCUUCAAUUUCCUGGGGGGGCGGCUCCUGAUCCCCAACACAGGGAUCAGCCUGCUCAUCCCGCCCGAUGCCAUCCCGCGGGGGAAGAUCUACGAGGUCUACCUGACGCUGCACAAGCAGGAGGACGUGAGGUUGCCCCUCGCCGGCUGCCAGACCCUGCUGAGCCCCAUCGUCAGCUGCGGGCCGCCGGGGGUGCUGCUCACGCGUCCCGCCAUCCUGGCCCUGGGGCACUGCGUGGAGGCCAACGCCGCCGACUGGAGCAUCCGCCUGAAGAAGCAGUCGUGUGAGGGCACCUGGGAGGACGUGCUGCAGGUCGGGGAGGAGGCGGCCUCAGGGCUCUAUUACUGCCAGCUGGAGGCCCAGGCCGCCUACGUCUUCACGGAGCAGCUGGGGCGCUUCGCCCUGGUGGGGGAGUCGCUCAGCAUGGCGGCCGCCAAGCGCCUCAAGCUCCUGCUCUUCGCGCCGGCCUCCUGCAGCUCCCUGGAGUACAGCGUCCGCGUGUACUGCCUCCGCGACACCCCGGACAUGCUCCAGGAGGUGAUGCAGCUGGAGAAGCAGCUGGGGGGGCAGCUGAUCGGAGCCCCCCGCAUCCUGCACUUCAAGGACAGUUACCACAACCUGCGCCUCUCCAUCCACGACAUGCCCAGCUCGCUGUGGAAGAGCAAACUCCUCGCCAGCUACCAGGAGAUCCCCUUCUACCACCUGUGGAGCGGGCUGCAGCCCUACCUGCACUGCACCUUCACGCUGGAACGCCUCAGCCCCAGCACCUGCCAGCUGGCCUGCAAGAUCUGGGUCUGGCAGGUGGAGGGCGACGGGCAGAGCUUCAACAUCAACUUCAACAUCGCCAAGGACACGAGCUUCUCGGACUGGCUGGUGCCCGAGAGCGAGGCCGGCUGCCCAGCCCUGGUGGGCCCCAGUGCCUUCAAGAUCCCCUUCCUCAUCCGCCAGAAGAUCAUCAGCAGCCUGGACACGCCCUGCGCCCGCGGGGCUGACUGGAGAACGCUGGCCCAGAAACUCCACCUGGACAGCCAUCUCGGCUUCUUUGCCUCGCAGGCCAGCCCGACUGCCAUGCUCCUGAACCUGUGGGAGGCGCGACACUUCCCCAGCGGGAACCUGGCACAGCUGGCCGCCGCCGUGGCCGAGGUGGGCAGACAGGACAGUGCCCUCUUCGCCGUCUCGGAGGCCGAGUGCUGA